UCUGGCAGCACGGCUGUGAAACAAUAGCGGUCCCGUAUGAAACACUGAUCACACUCUCGAUCGCUAGUUAGAUACACGGUUACGGUUCAGGCCUACAUGAUCACAAGAGAUUAGAAGCCAUGAAAAUUCCUAGAGAGGUACAAUGCCAAACCUGCUCGCAAGUGUUCUGCUGUGCAAAGUGCCGACAGAAACAUGAGGAUAACAAUCACAAGGAGAUGAAAGCCAUUCGGCAGAUUUGUUACAUCUGCAACGAUAAACCGUUUCCGUUGCGAAUUGAUACCAAAAUUACUCCGACUAAUCUGUUGGUAGGGCACAUCUUGAAAGAACACCUGCCUUUGCGUUGCAACCGGUGUACUAAGGUCUUCCACACUGCUGCCGAUUUCGAGUCCAUAGCUCGAUGUUUCACCGCAAAUGAGAACGGCUACGAAAUAGUCGACACCGCUUGUUAUUUGGAACGUAGCAAUAUUAACAUACCAACAAUUAUGGAGGGAGUCGUGGUCGUCCAUCCUGAGCUUGAACUGGACAACAAAGAAAAUAUUGAUGAAAAUUGCAGUACCGUUUCAUCGGAACAUUCUAACAUGCAAAAAGAUCAACUGUUACCACAGACAGUAAUUAAGGUUAAAGGCCGUACCUUGACGCUGAAGCCUCCCCGGAUAUCCGAAGAACUAAACACCGGUACUGACCCAAACGAGGAAAUUGGAGAACUGAGCAAAGCAAAAAAUACGCCCCUCUCGAUGAUCAACCUACGCUGGAUGAGAAAGAGCCGCCAGAGUUUUGAUAGUUUGCUGUGUACAACUAGUAACAUUUCAGCUGUAAAUGCAUCCGAGGAGGGAUUCCAUGCCCCACCCAGUUCGAACAAAAAGCUAGUUCGAACUACUUCGACUCCGAUGAUGCAUGGAUGUCUGCCCUACAUGAAAAUAACGAAUGAGUCUUACACUAGUGCAAUGGGACAUAUGUCCAGUAUACGUAACAGCAAUAGUGGUAGUGAUUCUGAUAAGACUGAUGAUCCGACGCCACCUCCACAGACUUCCUACGAAAUUCACAAGGUACGCGCGAUCAGUCGAAAUCGAUCCCGGGUUGCCGCCACCCCCCUUAGACAGGUCAUGUCGAAAAGUAUUCAACGAGCAAUUGCCCAGCAUGGAUAUUAUUCCAAGAUGCUCGCCCCAGGAACUCAACGCAAGAUGAGCUUCAACUCUACCGCUAGUAGUGGACUAAAUAGCACUACUGGUUCUCCUUCCCGUAUUGCAUUGGAUCUACGGACGACGCCAGCACUGAAAAGAGCAUCCAGCGAAUCGUCCUCGUUUCACAGGACGGCAAAACUGGUUUGUCUUCCAAAGUCGCACAGUGAAGAUUCUACAAUGGGUGAUCCUAGUUCCGAGUAUUGCGACACCCAUCAGAGUUUGAAUUCUCAGACUAGUAGCGAAAUUUUGGAACAAGAAAACCGUGACAAUCAAAGAAUUGACGAUGAAAGUUUAGUCAUCAGGCAGAAGGCAAAUCCUAAACUGGCUCUUAGCUAUCAUGACACGCCUAAAAUAACUGGAGGAAUGUUAAAGAAAAUUAUUACUUUUGCCUCGCCAGAGAUGACUCGGCUAGGCGAAGACGAAGCUGCCGAUGAAGAUGGGGAUGUGUGGGGUACGCCAUGUGCUUUACCUCCUAGAAGUUUUAGCUGCUCAGUUAUAGGAGAUUCGCGCUUUGAUUCCAUUCUAACGGAUGAUAACAGUGACGCUUCUGGUUCGGAUGAGGUGUUCAUUUCGUCGCCAAAAACAAAAUCUUGUCAACAGCAGCUAAAACUAAUAUCACCAGCUGCCAGCAGCGGUAAACUGUGGACUAUCGUUUCAAACGUUAUUCGACUCGCAACUCGAGGAGAUAUCCAAGAAGAACUCGCCGGACCGGCACCCACUUCUUCCAGCGGUUCUGAGAGUGAGAGAAAACUUUCAUCGACUAUAAUAAAAAAGGCUGCUUCCUUCGCUGGUUUCCUGAAAAAUCGUUUUCCUGCCCGACAGCAGAAUCCGUCUUCAUCCGGUUCCGACGAGUCCUCGGUGCAUGAUAACCUGGGAGGUCUCAAACGCCGACGGACGGCUUCCAUGUACACUAGGCCGUACGAGUUUUUCGGGAACACUGCUGCUGUGAUGCUGAGUUCAAGUCCUCUGGCCAAAAGAAAGCGAAUUCAAGGAAGACAACCUAUCGAACGUAUGAGACGCAACAGCAGCCGGAGCGGUAGUGCUAGUGAUAUUUGACGAGAAUUGCACAAGUAGAUAGUUGAUUCGACUAGUGGGUUCGGUUUCUUGUGUGUGUACUCGUUCCUAAUACUACUUUUUCUGAGUUUUUAAUAAGUUAUACUGAAUGGAAAAAAAAGUUUGUAAUUGCAUAUUCCUCUUGCUAUAAGGUAAAUGUAACAGUGCCAUAAAUGUAA